AUGACUGGUCACCUGGAUGCCCACGCAAAGCCGCCACCCAGGCUGCGUGAGAUCUACAAGGACUUCCAGAAGCUCAAGUUACCUGCUCUUGCCCUGUCACCAGAUCUCAUUGGAUUUGACGAUGCAGGCAAGACGACAGACGCCCGGUUACAGACUACCAAAACAGCAUCUCUCCCGGCCGAACUCCGUCAGGUGUUCUUGGACUUCCUCGAUGACAAGUCUCUCAUUGACCCGGCUCACAGCCCCAGCGACGACAUCGGGCAUGCCGUAGUAUACGAAAUUCCGAACGUCCCUGGUCUUUUCAUUUACCCAUGUCUCUUCCCAUCGUCGGUGCAGCUAUCUCUGCUUGAUAGGCUAUUGCACAGAGACUUGUCGAAUCCGCAGCAUCAGACCAAUGUACAUCUGCAUCACCUCAUGACAUACCCUGCUGACCAGGUCGAACACACAUCAUUCUUUCACGAUUCAGCCCAUGAGCUCUCUUGGACGCCCAAGGACCCCAAUAUUCACAAAGACUUCGAGAUCAAGCAGUUCCUCAACAAAAAGCUGCGCUGGGCCACACUGGGUGGACAGUAUGACUGGACGAACAAAGUCUAUCCAGAAGGUCUACCGCCGUCAUUCCCACAGGAUAUCAAGCACAUGGUCGAGAACAUCUUUCCGAUGAAAGCAGAAGCCGCGAUCGUCAACCUGUAUUCACCUGGUGAUACCCUCAGCCUACAUCGGGAUGUGAGCGAAGAGUGCGACAAGCCACUCGUGUCAAUAUCGCUUGGCUGCGAUGCCGUCUUCAUCUGUGGUCUCGAUCCGAAACAUGAAGCAGACGAGCCACGGGUUGCAACAUUGCGGUUGCGCUCUGGUGACGCCGUGCUCAUGAGUGGCGAAAGCAGGUACGCUUGGCACGGCGUCCCGAAAGUCAUCCCCGACACGUGUCCUGUCCCGAUGGAAGACUGGCCUGCUGUGCCGGAUGCCCUCAAGGAGUAUGAGCACUGGCGAGGCUGGAUGAAAGGAAAAAGAGUAAACAUAAACAUCAGACAAAUGUUUGCAUGA